AUGGAUACCUUCGUGGCCAAUCUGUCCCCGGAGGUAGGAAUUGUCCUCCAAGAAAACAUCUCAAACAUCAUCGUCAUAUCGAUACUCGCUACUGCCAUAUGCAAUGCGAUGGAAAUGAUCUUCGUCACAUUUGACAUUGUCAGAAAUUAUCGCAACCUCUACUUCUGGAGCAUGCAGGCCUCAUGCUGCGGCAUUCUUAUGCACGCUGUUUCUGCCAUCAUUUGCUGCACAUCUCAAAAAUCCACACUGCCGGCGUCCGUGUUGUUCAUCGUCGGGUGGUACGCCAUGGUGACUGGUCAGGCCGUCGUAUGCUACUCUCGUCUGCGCCUCGUCAUUCUUGAUAUCAGCAAGGUGCGAUGGGUGCUCCGGAUGAUCGUCGUGAAUGCUUGCAUCCUACACAUCCCUAUGACAGUUCUGUUUCUUGGGAGUAUCAAUGGCGAUCCCCGUUUUCCUCGACUGGCUUCCAUCUUCAAUCGCAUCCAAUUGGUCGGCUUUUGUGUGCAGGAGGGCGUGAUUAGUUGCUUCUACAUACAUGAGGCGAUGCGCAAUCUGAUCUGCGUCGCCAGACUUCGCGGCCGGGAGCAACCUCAAGCCACCGCGCAUCUACUUGGGAUCGGCGGAUUCGUGUUUCUCCUCAAUAUUCUCCUCCUCUUGACGGAGUACAGGCUGCAUUUCAUACAAGUCAGUCUACAAGCUGUGAUAUACAGUAUCAAGUUGAGACUGGAAUUCGUGCUGCUGUAUCAUCUUCGCACAGCAAUGCAUGCCGAUGCUCUGGGUUUUCCACCGGGCCGAAUACAGGGUCAAUCAUCAUCAGGUGAUGCGAAUGUCUCGAACACGACCACUGCGGCCACAACCGUUGCGCUGGACGUGAUAAGGCCAUCUCACGGUGAGGUAGUGGGAGACCAGGAUCAUUGUCACUCUCAUUCUAGCAGUACGGCUGAAUAUCAUGAAGCAUUAUGUGAGAUCUCACACCAUCCGGUGGAGAUUUGA